GAAGUCGCCCUUCAACCAGAAUAGUGAAUGAAAGUUGUAAAAUUGUUAUUUACUGAAAAACAAGAAGAUAAUACACUGUACGUAAAGGGGAUUAAUUUGGUGAUAUUUUCACCAAUUCAUUCAGCUUUACUAUGGUAGAACCUAUAUUUGAAUACCAGUUUCGAUUGAUUUUAAUAGGCGAUAGUACAGUUGGAAAGUCGUCGAUAUUGCGUUAUUUUACUGAUGGCAAGUUCGAUGAUCAGUGUGAUCCAACUGUCGGAGUGGAUUUUUACGCUCGGCUGAUUGAAGUAAAACCUGGAGUACGCGUCAAACUUCAGUUGUGGGACACUGCUGGCCAAGAACGUUUUAGAUCAAUAACAAGAUCAUACUACCGUAAUUCUGUUGGUGUGAUGAUGGUUUAUGACAUAACAAAGAGAACCAGUUAUGAGAAUAUAAAGGACUGGCUGGAAGAAGCCAGAACCCACAUUGACCCUCACCGUGCUGUGUAUCUAGUGUUAGGACACAAAUGUGACCGCGAGGAAGAGCGGCAAGUGACAGCACGAGAAGGAAGGCGAUUUGCUGAGAUUCAUGGCCAUAAAUUUAUGGAAACCUCGGCCAAAACUGGGCAGAACAUCGAAGAAGCGUUUUCUUCCAUUGCUAAAGAUAUUUACCAGCAAAUUGAGGAUGGUAUUAUUAAAGUUGAAGAUGGUUGGGAUGGAGUGAAAUACGGCUUUACAAGGCCCCAUGAGACGGUGCAUCUACUGGAGGGAGAACCAGAAGGAGGGGGUUGCUGUUGAUAGAGUGACGUUCUUUUACCUGACGUCUUUCUGCGUAACUUCAGUGAACUUCACCUUGUUUCCUGGCUUGCCACAAGUGUUUGCUAAAUAAUGCAUUGUUAAUGUUUCACUGAUAUCUUGAUCUACAACAUUUGAGUUCCUCUUUUACAUAAAAGUUUGGGUAUUUUGCUUUAGGAAAUUUUAUGACAAUCAUGUGUCAGCUAUUUUUCUGAGUAAUACCUGGUAAUUUUUUAUUAUUAUUUUUUAAAUAACAUUUUAAAGCAAACUUAUUUACGAAAACAAAUUGUUUAUAUUAUAUGCAUUUGAGAUGUACAUAUCCAUGUAUGUACUAAGAUUCUUAAGGAAAUCAAUUUUUAUAGAUUUCUUUUCUUUUUUAAUGUUUAUGUUCCUCAGGAACUUAAAAUAUUAGAAGACCGAGUUGGUCAGUUUAUACUAAAGACAAAAAACUGAAGAAUUUUUCAUAUUAUUUCAUUAAGUGCCCAUGGCAGGAUGCAUGAACCUUAAUAAUAGCAAACAAUAAUAGCAAAUAUUUUUUUUUUUUAAAUAUACGAAAUGUUAAAAAAAAACCCUCAAUAAACUUAAUUUUACCUGCACUGUCACAUUGUAGAGAUACAUAAUAAUUACUAUGACAAUAUAAACAACUUUGCAAUUUACUCUAAUAGUAAUACAUUUGCAUUGAGAUUGCUUGUGGUGCUUUGAUCUACCAAAACAUUAAUGUUUAUUUGUUCUUGUUUCAUAUUACAUGCAUUAUACUGUAUAUUUGAGGAAACUUUGUGAUGUAUAAAAACACCAUGGAAGUGUGUUGUUAUUUUACUCAAGAUUGAUAUCAUUUAUGAUUAUUAUUUUAUGGAACAUUCAACAGAGUAUUCAAAUUCAAAUAUAGUACUUAAGGCAGUGGUCUUUGUAUACAGUGUGAUUUUUCAACCUUUCACAAACUUUGAAAAUAGUAUAAAUCUACACCAAUUGAAAAUAAUUAUUUAUAAUUUCAUAAAAAAAAUUCUUUGAAUUUUAAAGGUGAAUGUCUGUAUUUUUCAUUCCCCUACUCACCCUGCAUUAGGCCCGCUUUCCAUUAACACUAUUGUAUGCAUUUCUGUGUGCAGAAAUGUGCUUUUCCAUAUCUGAAAGCUAGCAGAUUACAAUACAAAAUUUUACAUUGUCUCAAUGUACUUUACGCCGACUGUAAAUGCUUCACAUUAUGACGUCACCGUGCUGAAAAACUGGCUCACGGAAAAACGCUUGUCAAUUGACUUUUUCUUUCCCCAGCACACUGAAUACCUGCGCUGAAUCGCAUGUAAGGAAAAGGUUCUAUGUAAAUGCACUGUAUCGAUAAACUCGUGUGAAAUUGUAUUAAUGGAAAGCGGGCCUCAAGUAAAGCUGUCAAAAUUGAUUUAAAUGGUUUUUUGUUAUCUGCAGACCCAUUACUAGGAAUUCGAUAUCAAAUAUAUAUAUAGAUGUUAGUUAAUUAGCCUACAUCACACCCCAUAUAUAUGUGAAUAUUUCUGGAAUUGUUGUGUAGUAAAUUAGCAUUUCAAGUACAUUAUUAUACUCAUACACAUAUUGUAUUACUGUUAAGAUUAAAAUGCUUUGUUUAUAUUACUUAUGUCAUGGGCCUGAAAAAUUGCAAAAAAUUUCAUUUCAGUCACACAUCACUCUUGUAAAUCAUGUUUGGCAUAAUCCAUUUUUUGUUUCGAUAUAAAUCUAGCCUGUUUUAGAAUGGCUUAUAUUUAUAAAAAUUUGUGUAAUCUAUUUAUUCUCUGAUAUGCCUGUAUUGUUUGUGUUAAUUAUCAUCAGGGUUUUUUGGGGAAUUUUUCAUUUUUGUUUAUAAAGGAGCAGUAUUUUGUUUUUCGAUUAAACUGCUAUAUGAUUUAAAUACUAGAAGUAUAUUGGUUUAUAAUUUCUUAUUAUUUAUCAUUAAUAAUAUGUGUGCUUUUUAUUUGUUAUCAAGGCUAUGAUACUUGUACUUAUCUGUACGUUCUAUUUAUUAUUAUUAUUUCUGUUUUCAUUUAAUAGCAACCAAAUAGAGGGUCCCUACCCACCUGUAUUCCCAGCUUAUUUACAGUUUACCCUUGGAUUGAAAUAGUUUUGGUGGGGCGGGGUUCAUCUUAGAUAAUACUUUUAAAAGAGCAAUAAAACUUGUUAAAACAUUUGGAGGAGGUUCUUUUCCUGGGUAUUCAUUCCUUUUGUGAACAUAUCAAAGAUCCUUAACAGACUGAGUCAACAUCACUUCAACUCCAUGGUGAAAUCAUCUUGCCACUUGGGGAAAACUGUAAAGAGUAUGGGCCGAAUUUAUAGAGCCUGUUUAUGUCUUACACGUGUGUACUACAUACAUUUACAAUGCUUAAACACCGGUAUCUAAGAAAAACAGGCUUCGUAAAUUCGGCCCUAAAUGUUUCAUAAUUUGGUUGUAAAUUUAUAUGUGUUUUUAAGUUAUUUUAUAUUUGUUGAGAUAUUCUGAAUGAAGUUCAUUUGUGUGAAUCACUGGGUGAUAUUCUCAAAAUGUAGCACGGUCUGCUGAAAUGGGGGGCAGUCUGAAUGCCAUAUUUAUUACAGAUUCUACAGAUACCUUCCAGCUUACUAUUGGCAUUAUUCCAGAUAUAUCCUAAAUUCGUCAUUUUCAGGAGUGGUUUAUAAAGGCCAUUCCUAUUGGUCACAUGACAGGUUUUACUGUUAGGAAAAAGAGAAGUAAAAAUUAGUUUGAAACCUCUGUAAAAUUGUGUAAAGUGAAACUCAGUUACAUGUAAAUGGAUAUCUCCAUAUAAUAAAUACAUGUACAUGAUUCGUAUUUUAUUAGAAGUAUCAACAUAUAUAUUCCUGAAUAAUAAACAAGAAACAUCAUAGUCAUAAAAAUUUUUUAUACUUACAAACAUUGUUUCAGUAAAAGUCGACCAGCAAUCUUGCAUCUGAUGGAUUUUUUGUGCAUUUAUGAAAACAUACAAAAUGCACUUUUAUCUAUGAUUCGUUACACAUUGGUUUAUAAUGAUACUUGUAAUUUUAUCUAACUUGUACAUGUCAAAACCUUCAGUGGAUAUAGGCACAUAAAUAGAGUUUUUGUUUGUUGGUUUCUACUAUCAUUGUCUAGAUUGAAUAUCAAAGAAUACCAUUUUACAAAGUUAGAAACCGAAGUGGUUUGUUUAUCUGCAUUUCUAUGGUACAUAAUUAGUAUUUCAUAUGUGUUCAUCAUUGUUAUUCUGUGAUUACCUGUCCAUACGUCUUUAUGUUUGUUUUCGUUAGUGCUAAUUAGACUGAAACUCAACUCUUCUGUCUCCCUUAAAUUUCAGUGCUGUACUGGUACUGUAUAAAAUUUUUGCAUUUCUGAUUAUUUCAAUGUACCUUGUGUUUUAAGUCUCUCUAUGGUUCUACUGUUAGAUAUUUAUGUACAUGUAUCCACAAUUAAUUUAUUUUGUUGACUGGUGUAUUUACCAACAUAGUGUUGUGCCCUUUUCUCAAUUGUAGUGCAAUAAUUGAUAAGGUGUAUUUGUUUUUAAUCUUUGUGGCAUACUGAAUAUUUUGCGACUGUGAAUGUUAAUGUGAUUAAAAAUAUCAGUUUG